AUGAGCAGCAUGGUAAAGAUUAGCAAAAUCCAGGGGAAGCACAUGGUGAUUGAGGUCAAAAAGGGGCAGUUUUUCAUGAACGAGUUCUCCUGCUUCGAUUUGCUGCGCAAAGUCAAGGCCAGUUGCAACAUUGACAAGAGCAGGAGCAACGGACACAUUACGUAUCGCGACUGCAAGCAGAUGUUGUCUGACGCCGAGUGUGUCCCUAAUAUUAACGCCAGGUUCGAAUGCAUACUGGUCCGCCUCUUCCCCGUUUCGUGCAUCAUACUGAUGGACUCCGUCCUCGCAAUCGCCAACGAAAAUUUGAAGCUGGACGGACUGAUAAAGGACCUGUGUCACAUAACUGGCCUUUACCACGGCGCUACGGAUUCGGAAAGCUGCGCAGUGGCAAGGGGCGAGAGCAUCCCCAAGGGCGACGCAGACAUGUAUGCAGCGGAACUGGUCUCCGACUCUCGGUUCCCGUUUGAAGUCUCCGUCUUGGAAUGCUGUUACAACACCGCCAUAUCGCACCUGGAAAGUGACCUGCUAUCGGUCGAGCGCCAGUUUAGGCUGGUUGAUGAUAUGGUAAUGAACAAGAAAAAGUACAAGGAUAUAUCGAUCAUUCUGCACGACAUCAAGCAGCCGGUCUCGAAUGUCCUGGAGGUGUCCAAGGGGUUUGAGGAGCUGAUGAAUGAGAUUUUGAAUGAUUCUGAGAACAUCAAGAUGCUAGAAUUCUCCAAUCACAUGGCACUGUAUGGCAAUGAGCCCUCGAAGGUGCACUUUAGCGAGUGUUCGCUUAAUCGGGACCUGGAGAUUCUGCUCGAGUACUUUGACCAAGAGAUUGAGCACCUCUCCAAGAGGUCCAGGACAAUUUACAACUCGCUGGCGGAUUUAGAACGACACAUUAACAUGGAGCUGGCCAUCACUCGCAACGAAAUGAUGAGGUUUGAAGUCAUGUGCAGUAUAAUUGGGACGGCCUUUGGAGCUGGAGCGUGUCUCUCGGGUCUCUUUGGCAUGAAUGUGAUUAACGGGUUUGAAGAGAGCAAAUUUGCCUUUACCGUCAUUACCGUCAUUUUUCUAAUUGCACUCUUUAUCGCACUUUGUAUUACAAAGUUUUUGCACCUAAAACAUCGUGUUUAG